GCUGCUUCGAGUUACCUCAGGCGAGAGCGAGCGGCAGAAGCCGGGCAGCGCUGGCUGCCUUCGCAUCCCUCAGAGGGUGGACGCCGCUUGCCCGCCUGCCUGCCUGCCGCCUUCCCUCUUCGGACGUCUUCUCUCUCUCGCCAUGAGUCCCGAGGAGAAGCUGCCGCCGCGCCGCUCCCGGGGCAGCCGGGCGCCCCAUCAGCCGCGGCGCGGGGGCCUCUUGACGGAGAUCCGGACGCGCAUCUUCACCGAGCCCUUCCAGGAGCGAUACUGCCUCAGCCCCGGCCGCGAGCUCGGCAGGGGAAAAUUUGCAGUAGUAAAAAAGUGUGUAAAGAAAGAAACUGAAAAAGAAUUUGCAGCAAAAUUCAUGAGGAAAAGAAGAAAGGGCCAAGAUUGCCGGAUGGAAAUAAUUCAUGAGAUUGCAGUUCUGGAACUGGCACAACGAAAUCAUUGGGUUAUUAACUUGCAUGAAGUAUAUGAAACACCAACAGAAAUUAUUUUGGUUUUGGAAUAUGCUGCUGGAGGAGAAAUAUUUGACCAGUGUGUAGCUGAAAGAGAUGAUGCCUUCAAGGAAAAAGAUGUUAAGCGUCUCAUGAGGCAAAUUUUAGAAGGUGUUUCAUUUUUGCAUCGAAAUAAUGUAGUUCACCUUGACUUGAAGCCCCAGAAUAUUCUGCUAACCAGUGAAUCACCACUGGGAGAUGUUAGAAUAGUUGACUUUGGCCUCUCCAGAGUAAUGAAGAAUAGUGAGGAACUAAGAGAAAUUAUGGGAACACCUGAAUAUGUGGCUCCAGAAAUUCUGAGUUAUGAUCCAAUCAGCACUGCAACAGACAUGUGGAGCAUUGGAGUGCUAGCAUAUGUUAUGCUCACAGGAGUAUCACCUUUCUUGGGAAAUGAUAAACAGGAAACAUUCUUAAAUAUAUCUCAGAUGAAUGUUAAUUACUCUGAGGAUUUUGACCUUAUAUCUGAAUUUGCUGUGGAUUUCAUCAAAUCUCUUCUGGUUAAAAAGCCUGAGGAACGGGCAACAGCAGAUGAAUGUUUGGUACAUUCUUGGCUAGCACAAAUGGAUGUUCCUGAUACUAUAUACUGGAUAAAGAACACAGAGGAAGCAAACACUGUUGUUGUAAAUGAAGAAGCUUUUAUUUCUGAAAAUUAUACAGAUGGAGAAAAAACAGAAGAGUCAUUAGUGUCAGAAGAGCUGAUUGUUGUAGCUUCAUAUACACUGGGCCAAUGUAGGCAAUCGGAAAAAGAUAAAAUUGUUGAACAGAAGACCAUUUCCAAGCGCUUUAAAUUUGAAGAACCAUUGCUGCAAGAAAUACCUGGAGAAUUUAUUUACUGA